UAUCAUUUUAAUUUAUAUAAUGUUUAGUUAGAUCUUCUGCUGAUUGUUUCGUACAUUUCAAACAGGUCGAGUAAGUGUUGUGUUAAACUGUUGAAUUGAAUUAGGAAUAUUUAACUAACUAAAUUCCCAACAUAAUUUAAAAAACAAUCAACACUAUGUAUUUUGGACUGCGUUUUAGUCGACAGGCCAUAUUGAAAAAAGCUGAUGUAUGGUUACGAUACAUGUGCAAUAUUACAAAAAAUGAACCAAAAGAACUAGAAUAUAUCCGAAAUAUUGGCAUUUCAGCACAUAUUGACUCUGGAAAAACUACAUUGACCGAAAGAAUCUUGUAUUAUACAGGUAAAAUAGCAAAAAUGCAUGAAGUUAGAGGAAAAGAUAAUGUGGGAGCUACUAUGGAUUCAAUGGAAUUGGAAAGACAGAGAGGUAUAACAAUUCAAUCAGCUGCCACCUACACAAUGUGGAAAAAUUACAAUAUCAACAUAAUUGACACACCGGGUCAUGUCGAUUUUACGGUUGAAGUAGAAAGAGCUCUUAGAGUCUUAGAUGGUGCAAUUUUAGUGUUGUGUGCUGUAGGAGGUGUACAAAGUCAAACACUUACUGUUAACAGACAAAUGAAACGUUAUAAUGUUCCAUGUAUAGCUUUUAUUAAUAAAUUAGAUAGACUUGGAGCUAAUCCGUAUAAUGUUUUAUCCAAUAUUAGAAGUAAAUUGGGACACAAUGCUGCAUUUUUACAGUUACCUAUUGAACAAGAUAAUAAUAUUAAAGGAAUAGUCGACUUGAUUCAUAAUAGAUCAAUUUAUUUCAAUGGAGAUUUUGGUGAUGACAUUGAGUAUGGUGAUAUUCCAGAGGAUAUGAAACAAUUGGUCAAGGAUAAACGGCAAGAAUUAAUUGAACAUGUGUCCAAUGUAGAUGAAAAGUUAGGAGAAAUGUUUCUUGAAGAAAAAUCUCCUACUAAACAAGAAUUGAUUGAUGCUAUCAGACGAAACUGUAUCAAUAGAACUUUUACACCUGUUCUUCUUGGAACUGCUUUGAAGAACAAAGGUGUUCAACCCUUGUUGGAUGCUGUAUUAUCCUAUUUACCACAUCCUGGAGAAGUAGAAAAUUUUGCAAUCCAGGAAACUGAUGAUAAAAACAACCCUAAAAAAGUAGUUUUAAAUUCUAGUCGUGAUGGAACUUAUCCAUUUAUUGCUCUUGCUUUUAAAUUAGAAGCUGGACGAUUUGGUCAAUUGACCUAUAUGAGAUGUUAUCAGGGUAAAUUGUCCAAAGGUGAUACCAUUUACAACUUUAGAACUUCCAAAAAGAUACGUUUAUCUAGAUUAGUUAGAUUACAUGCAGAUCAAAUGGAAGAAGUCAACGAAGUAUAUGCUGGUGACAUAUUUGCACUGUUUGGUGUGGAUUGUGCAAGUGGUGAUACUUUUAUGACUGAUAAAAAAUUAAAUAUUUCACUAGAAUCUAUUUAUGUUCCUGAUCCAGUUGUGUCUAUGGCUAUUUCACCUAUAAAUAGUAAAGACAGAGAUAAUUUCAGUAAAGCGAUUGCUCGAUUCACCAAAGAGGACCCAACUUUCCAUUUUCAAUAUGAUACAGACAGUAAAGAAUCAAUCGUUUCUGGCAUGGGUGAAUUGCAUUUAGAGAUCUAUGCUCAAAGAAUGCAAAAGGAAUACAACUGUCCAGUAAAUUUGGGAAAGCCAAAGGUUGCAUUCAGAGAGACUUUAGUAUCACCCUUUGAGUUUGAUUAUUUCCAUAAAAAACAACAUGGUGGACAAGGACAAUAUGCCAGGGUUAUAGGAGUUCUAGAACCGUUACCACCUAAUGAAAAUACAAAUUUAGAUUUUGUUGACGAGACAUCUGGACCUAAUGUACCCAAGCAAUACAUUCCUGCUAUAAUAAAAGGUUUUAAAAUGAUGUCUGAAAAAGGAUUGUAUUCUGGACAUAGAAUAUCAGGUGUGCGUAUGAGGUUAUUAGAUGGUGCACAUCAUAUUGUUGAUUCCAGCGAAUUGGCAUUCAUAUUGGCUACCCAGGGUGCUAUUAAACAAGCAUACGAAGAAGCUUCUUGGCAAGUAUUAGAACCAAUUAUGGAUGUUGAAGCAGUUGUACCUAUAGAAUUUCAAGGUGCUGUAAUGGGUCAGUUUAAUAAACGUAGUGGAAUAAUAAGUGGUAGUGAUGGAACAGCUGAUUGGAUUACAAUUCAUGCAGAAGUACCGUUAAACUGCAUGUUUGGAUUUGCUGGAGAAUUGCGGUCAUUGACCCAAGGCAAAGGAGAAUUUAGCAUGGAAUAUGUCAGAUACUCACCAACAACCCCUGAAACUCAAGAAAAAGUAGUGAUGAAUUAUUUAGAAAGUACUGGUCAACUUCAAGCAUUCCUUAACUCAAAAAAGAAUACUAAAUCAUAAUUAAUGGAAGAAUAAAUUUGUAUUCAUCAUUUAAUUUAAUUUAAAAUAAAAGCUGUGUUGACUGAAUUGCUUUUUAGUGAAAAAAAUGUGUAUAAAUUUGUAAUAUAACUGUUAUAACUUAAAAUAAU